CAUACUUUCAGAACAUGGGGAAAGGGUAUGUACAUGAUAUCAGCCAUGAGGCUUCUCAUAACAAUGGAAAGAAGAAAAAGAAAGAGAAAAAUUUGGAUGAGCUGAAGAAAGAGGCAUCUUUGGAUGAUCAUAAGCUCUCUCUGGAAGAGUUGUCAGCUCGCUAUGGGGUGGACCUGUUUAAGGGCCUGACCCAUCAAACAGCAUUGGAGCUCCUGGCACGGGAUGGGCCUAAUGUUCUGACUCCACCUCCAACCAUCCCAGAGUGGGUGAAAUUCUGUAAACAGUUGUUUGGAGGGUUCUCCAUCCUCCUGUGGAUAGGUGCUGCCCUAUGUUUCUUUGCUUAUGGUAUCCAGUUCGCAACUGAGGAAGAGCCAGCCAAUGACAAUUUAUAUUUGGGAGUAGUUCUGGCUGCUGUGGUCAUCAUCACUGGUUGCUUUUCCUAUUACCAAGAGGCCAAGAGUUCACGCAUCAUGGAAUCCUUCAAAAACCUGGUGCCACAGCAAGCUUUAGUGAUCCGUGAGGGUGAGAAGAAGCAGGUCAAUGCCGAGGAGGUGGUUCUGGGAGAUCUAGUGGAAAUAAAAGGAGGCGAUCGCAUUCCAGCUGACCUACGGUUCAUCUCCUCUAGUGGCUGCAAGGUUGACAAUUCCUCUCUGACAGGAGAGUCUGUGCCUCAAACCCGUUCUCCAGAUUACACUCAUGAAAACCCUCUUGAGUCCAGAAACAUCGGCUUCUUCUCCACUAACUGCGUGGAGGGCACGGCCCGUGGCAUUGUGAUUGCAACAGGAGAUCGUACAAUUAUGGGGCGAAUAGCAACCCUGGCUUCUGGGUUGGAGGUGGGCCAGACCCCAAUCAACUUGGAAAUUGAGCACUUCAUCCACAUCAUUACUGGUGUAGCUGUUUUUCUUGGUGUCUCGUUUUUUAUCCUCUCACUCAUCCUCGGCUACACAUGGCUUGAGGCUGUCAUCUUCCUUAUUGGCAUUAUCGUUGCUAAUGUGCCUGAAGGACUGUUGGCAACCGUCACGGUGUGUCUGACUCUGACAGCAAAACGUAUGGCACAUAAGAAUUGUUUGGUGAAGAAUCUAGAGGCUGUAGAGACUUUGGGCUCCACCUCCACUAUUUGCUCAGAUAAGACUGGCACCCUGACCCAGAACCGCAUGACUGUGGCCCACAUGUGGUUCGACAACCAGAUCUAUGAGGCUGAUACUACAGAGGAUCAAUCAGGUAAUGAGGUAUUUGAUAAGAGCUCCACCACUUGGACUGCUUUGUCACGCGUAGCAGCACUCUGCAACCGUGCGGUCUUCAAACCUGGACAAAAAGAUGUUCCUAUUCUGAAGAUGGAAACAGCAGGUGAUGCAUCAGAGUCUGCUUUGCUAAAAUGUAUUGAGCUCUCCUGUGGGCCUGUAAAGGCAUUUAGAGAGAGAAACCCUAAAGUAGGAGAAAUUCCAUUCAACUCAACCAACAAGUUUCAGCUGUCUAUUCAUGAAACUGAAGACAGUCCAACUGGGCAUCUCCUGGUGAUGAAGGGAGCUCCUGAGAGGAUUUUGGACAGGUGCAAUACAAUCAUGAUCAAUGGCCAAGAGAUUCCUCUGGAUAAUGACUGGAAAGAUGCAUUCCAGGGAGCCUACAUGGACCUGGGGGGUCUCGGGGAGAGAGUGCUGGGCUUCUCCCACCUGUUCCUGUCGCCAUCUCAUUUCCCACGAGGUUUUGUAUUUGACUGCGAUGACAUUAAUUUCCCCAUGGACCAGAUGUGCUUUCUGGGUCUCAUGUCCAUGAUUGACCCCCCGAGAGCUGCUGUGCCUGAUGCAGUGGGCAAGUGUCGCUCUGCUGGGAUCAAGGUGAUCAUGGUAACUGGAGACCAUCCAAUUACGGCUAAGGCAAUCGCUAAAGGUGUUGGCAUCAUCUCAGAAGGCAAUGAGACAGUGGAGGAUAUCGCAGAGAGACUUAACAUCCCAUUAAGUCAAGUUAACCCACGAGAUGCAAAGGCAUGUGUAGUGCAUGGUGCUGAUCUGAAGGAGAUGAGUUUAGAGUAUUUGGAUGAUCUCCUGAGAAACCACACUGAGAUUGUCUUUGCUCGUACCUCUCCACAACAGAAACUCAUCAUUGUAGAGGGCUGCCAGCGACAGGGUGCUAUAGUGGCAGUGACCGGUGAUGGGGUAAAUGACUCUCCUGCUCUAAAGAGGGCUGACAUCGGCAUCGCCAUGGGAAUAGCAGGAUCUGAUGUCUCCAAACAAGCCGCUGACAUGAUCCUGUUGGAUGACAACUUCGCAUCUAUUGUAACAGGGGUAGAGGAGGGUCGUUUGAUCUUUGAUAACCUGAAGAAAUCAAUAGCCUACACUCUCACCAGCAACAUCCCUGAGAUCUCUCCCUUUCUCUUCUUCAUCAUUGCUAGUGUUCCUCUGCCUCUGGGCACUGUCACCAUCCUCUGUAUUGACUUGGGAACUGACAUGAUUCCUGCCAUUUCUCUGGCUUAUGAGUCAGCAGAAAGUGACAUUAUGAAGCGUCAACCCAGAAAUUCCAAAACUGACAAAUUGGUCAAUGAGAGACUCAUUAGUAUGGCAUAUGGGCAGAUCGGUAUGAUCCAGGCCCUGGCUGGAUUCUUUACCUACUUUGUGAUAUUGGCAGAAAAUGGAUUUCUGCCUUAUAGACUUCUAGGAUUGCGGCUUGACUGGGAUGACCGCAAUGUCAAUGAUCUUGAGGACAGCUAUGGACAGCAAUGGACCUAUGAACAGCGUAAAAUUGUGGAAUUCACUUGUCAUACAUCCUUCUUCGUGAGCAUUGUGGUGGUGCAGUGGGCUGACCUCAUUAUUUGCAAAACACGGAGGAAUUCCCUUUUUCAGCAAGGCAUGAAAAAUACGAUUCUGAUCUUUGGCCUGUUUGCUGAGACAGCCCUCGCUGCCUUCCUGUCCUACUGCCCUGGAAUGGAUGUUGCUUUGCGCAUGUACCCACUCAAGUUGUACUGGUGGUUCUGUGCUCUUCCAUACAGUCUGCUUAUCUUUAUCUAUGAUGAAGUCCGCAAAUUUAUUCUGAGGAGGAGGCCAGGAGGUUGGGUGGAAAAAGAGACCUAUUAUUAAUGGAUAUAACUUGUCUAUCAAGGUGCAUUAUGAAAAUGUAUUGCUAUGGUCCAGUGGUGGCUGGUGCCAAAAAAAAAAAAAAAAAUUGGGGAGCAGUACUGGGGGCAGAGUUAUUGUAGUUUUUGAAAUUUUCAUUAGUUUUUAUUAUUGAGUCUUUCAAUUUGGUUUUUCAUUUCAGUCUAGUUUUAGGAGUGCAUAAGUAGUCUAUUUUUAUUUUUAUUUUUGAGGAAUUAAGAGCUAGUUUUAGUUUAGUUUUUAUGGAGUUUGUGUUAAGAAAUAUUCACAUUACGAGGAAAGCCUUUAUUUAAAGAAGCCAUAAAAGGUAGGAUGAAAGACUGCAUGCCAUUAAAUAUGAUCUACAAAAUCUGCACAAUCACAUUCUUCAUCAUCAUCUAUCCAGCUUGCCAGCUCCGUUUGUCAUAACAAGGGUGGGAGAAGCCUCAAGUAUAAGCCUGGCUUCAAUCACCUGCCUCUUAAUGUUUAAAUUGGACUGGUCCAAGCCAAGCUCCUUUAUUCUCUUUUUUUAUUUCCAGUGUAUGACAUGUAAAAGGAUGCUUCUGUAAAGAAAUAACAGAAUUUUCUUUCUCUGUGGGUCUACUUGAACUUGCCAUCUUGUGAAAGCUCUGGUCUAACAAGUAGCAAUGAGUGACAGCCACAAAAAUGAAGGUCCAUAAAAACUGUCCAAUCAUGUGGAUAAAAAACUUAAACCCAAUUCAUAUUGGCUGCUAAUAAAAGAAGGCGUGUCCGGGGUGUCCACCAAUUAAAAUGCAGCCUCAGGUCACCUGCUCUCCAAAAGUUUGUGUUGCCACAUACACACUCAUCUGGCCAGCACCCAAGAAAGUGUAGGUGUUCACAUAAAAUUAAAAUAAAUACAGUUUAAAAAUGGGUUAAAAUAAUUAGAUGGAUACAGGUGGAAGUAGGAUGAGUAAACAAGUUUGACUUAAUAAAUACUUUUGCUUAAUUCAUUUAUAUUUAAUAUCACAUAGUCUUUCUCAUCUGGAUAACUGGAAGGGGACGGUGCCCCCUAUUGACCAGCCGCCACUGUUAUGGUCUGAACAAGGGUUUCUAACUCCAAUAGUCAAGAUAUCCCGUUCUAAUGGUUUUACUCUUUCCCUGCAUUAAAAUACCUCAUUUACAGGUGCUUGAAAGUUUGUGAACCCUUUAAAAUUUUCUAUAU